CAAAGUCAAUAGCUAUAGCGAUUAGCGAGUUCAUUCACGUCGCCUUACAAUCCUAUUGCCUAUUCUCGUUCCUUAGCCAAGUCCAUUAAGCAAAGACCCAAAACCAUCAUUUCUAAGUGUUGAACUACGAAGAGGAGGCCGAUUGUUCCGCAAAAGCAAGAAGUCGGGAUGGCGUCGGUCCUUUCCGAGCUCGAAGGGACUCUCUUGAAUGAUCCGGACCCCUUUUCCUACUUCAUGCUGGUGGCGUUCGAAGCGUCCGGUGUGGUACGCUUCACGCUGCUGUUGUUACUAUGGCCCGUGAUUCGGCUGCUCGAUGCAUUCGGGAAAGAAGAUGUCGGACUAAAGGUGAUGACCUUCGUAGCGACGGCUGGAGUGCCCGAGUCGGAGAUCAGAUCAGUGGCGAGAGCCGUCCUGCCCAAGUUUUACAUGGAUGACUUGGACAUGAAUGCUUGGAGGGUGUAUAGCUCACAUGGAAAGAGAGUGGUGAUGACAAAAACCCCGAGAGUCAUGGUGGAGAGGUUUGCAAAGGAGCAUUUGCAAGCCGACGAAGUGAUCGGGAGCGAGAUCAUCGUGAAUCGGUUUGGAUACGCCACAGGUUUCAUUAGAGGCGACAACAAGCGCUUCGCCGAUCAAGUCAAGAAGUUCUUUGACGGUGAACAGCCGACUUUAGGGUUAGGAAGGCCAUCGUCGUCUCAGUCGGUUUUAUCGUUAUGCAAGGAAGAGUUGCAUCCACCCUUCACCAGUCUUCAGAAGCACGAUAACCAGCAUCAUAUCUAUCCUCACCCAGUGAUCUUCCACGACGGUCGACUAGUGAAGCGCCCGACCCCAUCCACCGCGCUCUUGAUCCUCCUGUGGAUUCCUUUCGGUGUGAUCCUUGCGAUUAUCCGCAUUUCUAUUGGAAUAAUUUUCCCCUUACAGAUGAUGCCCCAUAUUUCCCGUAUAUUCGGAGGGAAAAUCAUCGUCAAAGGCAAACCACCAAGAUCGCCAUCAGGCGGAGGCACCGGCUUGUUGUUUGCCUGCACGCACCGCACUCUGUUGGAUCCCGUUGUUUUAUCCACUGUCUUAGGACGUAGAAUCCCGGCGCUAACCUACUCUAUCUCUAGGCUAUCUGAGAUAUUAUCGCCCAUUCCAACCGUUCGAUUGACGAGAGUACGAGAAGUAGAUGCUCAAAAGAUCGAACAAGAACUAUGCAAGGGCGAUCUAAUAGUUUGUCCAGAGGGAACAACAUGCAGAGAACCCUUCCUUUUGAGAUUCAGCCCUCUUUUCGCGGAAUUAACCGAUAGAAUAGUGCCUGUGGCGAUGAACUACAGGGUCGGGUUCUUUCACGCGACGACGGCGAGGGGUUGGAAGGGGAUGGACCCCAUCUUCUUCUUCAUGAACCCUAGGCCGGUCUACGAGGUUACGUUCUUGAACCAAUUGCCGGUAGAGGCGACAUGCACGGCCGGUAAAAGCCCUUACGACGUCGCAAACUACGUCCAGAGAAUAUUAGCCGCGACGUUGGGGUUCGAGUGCACGAAUUUCACUAGAAAGGACAAGUACAGAGUUCUUGCUGGAAAUGAUGGGACCGUGUCCUACACUUCCUUGGUUGAUCAGAUCAGGAAGGUGGUGAGCACAUUCAAGCCCUUCAUACAGUUCUAAGGCCGGGCGGGAAAUAUGAACCAUAUUCUUUUGUUUCCUUUUGGGUUAUAUUUCGUUCGUAUAAUUUCUUAUGAGUGGUGUUUUGUUUGCUCUAUAGUGACAUGCAUGGAUGGGAUUGCCUACUGCAAUUUUUUUUUAUUUCUAUUUUCGGACUAUUAUUAUUUCUGGAAUUGUCAAAUAAAUGUAUGUGCAUAUGUUACUUGAGCACACAUGUUCUGGUUA